AUGCCUUGUCAAGACGCCUUGGGACCAUCUCGCAAACGACAGGAGCCUGAGGGACCUCCCGACCAACGUCCAUCGAAAAGGUCGAAGCUCGACCAGCGCUCAGCGUACUGGGAUAAUCUGUCGAGGAUUUGGUUAACGAGGGACGCUCUCGAAGAGCUGGAUCGACGGAAUAGAGCCACUACUCGAAGUGCAUACUCACACCGGUCGUUUACUCAACAGUCCCAAAGGCAUCGCUACCAGACGCCUGCCCUCGACUGUGAGCCCGAGGUCCUAGGCAAGAUCAAAAGCCUCUCCAGACACGGGGGGCCUGACCUGUCUGACCUUAGGAAUUUCCCAAAUCUGAAUAGCCCUCAUUAUCAAACAAUGAGCACAACCAGCUCAGGGCGCCUGAAGCGACGAGCAGAGACUGCUCCAGAGAGCAGCAACAAUCAUACCAAGACUGCAAAGACUACAAGUACUUCGGCAUAUAACCGGAACUUUGAGCAAAAAUUGAUUGAUUAUGGUGUUUAUCCUGAUGGCUACGAGUGUCCUGAUGGCCGGGUACCGGCAAUGCCAAACAACCUUGAUGAGAUAAAUGAAAGACUUGCCCAACGGCGGCCUUCUCUUUCGCCAUCAAAGUUUUCUGAGAGCGAGUUUCGCAAAUUCAAACGAGCAGAUACAAAUGCAUCUAAAGAAAAGCCAGUGAUAUCCACCGUUAUUCCAACUAUUGAUGGUGAUAUUAGUGAUUCGAAAUGUGUAGGAGGGGACUACCCAUUUGGCAAUCUUGCUCCUCUAACAGACGGUACACUGGCACAUGCAAAACCAGACCAUUUCUUUGGUGCUCGCCCUGAGCAGCUUAACCCGGAAAUCCGUGAUAAGCUUUGUAAAUUUAUUAUUCCGUCAACACAGACCUCUCUUCCGAUGCUUCCAAACUUCUUCCUUGAGGCGAAAGGCCCUGAUGGUUUACCUAUAGUCGCUACCCGGCAAGCUUGUUAUGAUGGUGCACUUGGAGCACGAGGGAUAUAUAAACUGCAAUCGUAUAAGGAGAAGCCUAUUUAUGAUAAUAACGCUUAUACUAUAACGUCAACCUACCAAUCCGGUCAACUCAAGAUUUAUACAAAUCAUAUCGCUGCCCCCCAAGAUAGCAAUGGCCGUCCUGAAUACGUUAUGACUGAAUUAAAUGCCUGGAGCGUGGCUGGGAAUAUAGAUAGUUUUCGACAAGGAGUAUCUGCAUAUCGAAAUGCGAGGGAUUGGGCAAAAGAACAGAGGGAUAGGCUUAUAAGAGCUGCAAACGAAAGGCACAUGCAAGCUCAAUCUGAACCUCCCUCUGCGUCUGAACAUGAGGCGAUUUCUGAGCCAACCGUCGUCCUGGACGACUCUACAUCGGCAACAUCUAAUGAAGCUGAGUUCCAAGAUGCUGUUCAGUGGAGCUUUGCACAGCCAAAUGAUAAGGUUGAGGACCUUCGAGUAAGAGCCGAGCCAACCGACAGUAAUAGCCGCAAGUCUCUCCCAAAUUAA